GGGGGGAGGAGGAGUAUGGACUGUAACAUUGAAUCAAUUACAGGUCGCUGUAGCCCAGGCGCAUUCAGAAACGCGGCUGUAGAAGUGGACGGAGCGGCGCACGUAUGCUCGCUCUGCCGGCGAACAAACCACUUCUCCGGACACAUACUGCACCUUGGACCGUUCCCUCCUGGAGCCUUUACGCUCCCGAUGCGCAUUGGAUGUAAUUAAUCGAAAGGAAUAUAAAACCCUGGGAUUGUAAAAGGACGACCCAAAAACUAACAACGGUCAUGGCCGGAAUGAAGAGAUUCCUUACAUUUGGAGUUAUCUUGCUGGGCGUCAUAUCAGCUUCCUGCGGACGCUCCACGCCGACCAUCGAUUCCAAAGAAGUCGAGUUCGUUCUCUCGCCUCUCUCCACGUUCAACAUCAGCUGCAUAGGCGAGAACGUGUUCUGGGCCGAGCCUCUGCCCCGAAACACCUUCGUCUUCCAGGGCUCCGACUCGUCAACGCUCGUCAUCUACAACGCGUCCGUGGAGCAUACGGGAACCUACACCUGUCAGAACCAAGAUCCCGACGACCGACCUGUUGACGAGGACGAAGAACUCAACGAGGCCGUUAUUUACGUUUUUGUCGCAGACCCAGAGGUCCCGUUCGUCCCGGAGGAAGCGGCGAACCUCAUGGUGUUCCCGAUCAUCGGCAACGGCGUCUUCAUCCCCUGCCGCGUCUCGAACCCCUACUCUCACGUGACGCUGAAUGGAGUCCCGGGUGGCCAGGAGAUUCCCGCUCUGUACGACAACAAAAUGGGCUUCUUCAGCAACAUGCCGGUGGGCCAGUACCGGUGUGAGACCACCGCGGCGGACGGCCGUACGGUCCACAGCGAGACGUACACCGUGGAGAACCUCAAAGAAGAAGAAGAGAGUGAGGACUUCCACGUGGAGGUGAUUGCCAGUGAAGAGGCGGUCAGGGCCGGCCAGCCCUUCAACAUCACCUGUUUGGCCCCUGAGGGCCCCCUCUAUGUGCAGAACUGGCUCCACCCCACGAGACAGGCUGCGGACGCCGUCCAGUCGAAGCACACCGCCCCCGACUCUGUGGCGUACACCCUGAGCGUGGGGGGUGCCAGCAUGCAGGACAGCGGCGUGUACGAGUGUUCAGUGACGCACGUCAUCAGCGGCCAGACCCGGGGCAAUAGCGUGGCCAUCACCGUAUUCCAGGAGACCUCGUUCGUAGCCCUGGACCACAGUGGGAUCGGCACCCUGGAGGAGGUCACCCUGCUGGAGCAGACAGAGUUCACCAUCCUCCUGGACGCCUACCCGGCCCCCAAGGUGUCAUGGCAACGCGACGGGGCCGCCAUGCCAGAGAACUACUACCUGUCCACCAAAACCAGCUACAUCUCAGGAAACCGGUACGAAAGUGUUGUGACGCUUCGGCACCCCCUUGAGAAGGACAGCGGUAACUACAGCAUCACAGCGCUCAGUGGAGACCAUUCGGCCCACUUCUCCUUCAUGCUCAGGGUCAAAGCCCCCAGUAGUUCGGUGGGCUUCCUGCCGGACUCGGCCCCGAUGCUGGACCCCGACCGGGAGGACAUGAUCAUACCCCUCCACUCCUCCUUCAGCCUGACCUGCCGCGGCCACUCCCCGCUCUACUGGAGCAUGCCCUUUGACCUCCCCGAGCAGACGCAGGCGGACAGCAGCGGCCUCUUCGUCUCGGCCGUCACCGUGGAAGCUGCCAUCGUCCACCACACGGGCCGCUACAGCUGUCACUAUGCCAACGCCCCAGAGGACGACGAGCCAGCCAGCAUCUACAUCUACGUGCCAGACCCAGAGGUGCCCUUCCUGCCCCUGUCCCUGCUGUCCUUCGGGAACCACAUGGUGUCGGAGCCCAAGGACAUGGCCAUCCAGUGCAUGGUGUCGAACCCGGAGGCCAACGUGACGCUGUUCGACGUGUACACCCAGCAGCCGGUGGCCAGCACGUACGACAGCCAGCGCGGCGCCAUGGGCGUGUUCCCCGCCGGCACGUACGCCUGCAGGGCGCUCAUCAACGGGCAGGAGCACAUCAGCCAAGAGUACAUCGUCCACGGAUUCCCCCCCGGGACAGGCACCUCUGACCUCCACGUGGAGCUCAAGGCCCAGAGGACCGCCCUCCUGGUGGGGGAGACCCUCAACAUCAGCUGCAUAGCCCACGGACCGAACCUCCUGGAGGACCACUGGAAAUACCCCGGGAAGCUGGCGGAGCGCGGCAUAAAGUUUGUGGUGGAGAACACGCUGAAGCGGGAGAUCUACUACACCCUGACCAUCCGGCAGGCCUCCAUCAAGGACAGCGGCCUGUACGCCUGCUCCAUCACCGACAUCAUCAACAACCUGAGCCAUACCAAGGAGCAGAUCAUCACUGUCUACGCUGCACCGUUUGUCACUGUGGCUCCGGAGUUUGGUUCUGUGGAGUCGGCGGAGCUGGACGAGGUGAAGGAGUUCCGGGCGGUGGUGGACUCCUUCCCCAGCGUCCGCGUCACGUGGCUGAAAGACGGCCAGCCGCUGGAUUACGUGGCGGCAGAGAUCAGCACCAACCUCCGUCAGCUCAGAGAGACCAGAUACGAGAGUGUCCUGACCCUGAUCCGGGCCAAGGAGGAGGACAGUGGGAACUACACCAUCAGGGUGGAGAAUGGAAACCAGAGCCAUAGCCACAGCUUCACCCUUCAGGUCAAAGUGCCUGCAGUCAUUGUGGAGCUCAUGGACAUUCACCACGGCUCGGCCACUGGCCAGUCUGUGGUCUGCAUUGCUGGGGGGCGGCCCACCCCUGAGGUGGAAUGGUUCGUCUGCAAGAAUAUCAAACACUGUGCCAAUGAUUCGUCCCUGUGGGAGCCGCUCCAGACCAACUCCACCACGGUGUCGGUGGAGUCCCACCUGGACCAAGACAACAACCUGGAGAGCCAGGUGAUGUUUGGUCACCUGGAGGGCAACCUGGCCGUGCGCUGCCUCGCACGCAACCACCUGGCCACCGUCAGCAGGGAGGUCAAGCUGGUGGCUAGCGGUCCAGCAUCAGAGCUAUCGGUAGCUGCAGCUGUGCUGGUGCUGCUGGUCAUUGUCAUCAUCUCACUCAUCGUCCUGGUCAUUAUCUGGAAACAGAAACCGCGCUAUGAGAUCCGCUGGCGGGUGAUUGAGUCGGUCAGCCCAGACGGUCAUGAGUACAUCUACGUGGACCCCAUGCAGCUGCCCUACGACUCCAGAUGGGAGUUCCCUCGAGACAGACUCGUACUCGGUCGUAUCCUGGGUUCGGGGGCUUUCGGGAAGGUGGUGGAGGGCACGGCCUACGGACUGAGCCGCUCCCAGCCCGUCAUGAAGGUGGCCGUGAAGAUGCUCAAACCCACGGCACGCUCCAGCGAGAAGCAGGCCCUGAUGUCCGAGCUGAAGAUCAUGACCCACCUGGGACCUCACAUCAACAUCGUCAACCUGCUGGGAGCCUGCACCAAAUCAGGUCCCAUCUACAUAAUCACAGAGUACUGUCUCUAUGGCGACCUGGUCAACUACCUCCACAAGAACCGCGAGAACUUCAUCAACGUGCAGCCAGAAAAGAGCCGGAAAAACCUGGACAUCUUUGGCAUCAACCCGGUGGACGAGAGUAGCCGCAGCUACGUCAUCCUGUCCUUUGAGGGCAAGGGAGGAGACUACAUGGACAUGAAGCAGGCGGACAACACCCAGUACGUGCCCAUGCUGGAGAUGAACAGCUCCAAGUACUCGGACAUCAUGCGCUCCAACUACGAUCACCCCCCCUCGCAGAAGGAAUUCGACGGUGAGAUGGACAACCUGCUGUCAGAAGAUGGCAAGGACGGCCUGAGCACCACCGACCUGCUCAGCUUCACCUACCAGGUGGCCAAGGGCAUGGAGUUCCUCGCCUCCAAGAACUGUGUGCACCGCGAUCUGGCGGCCCGGAACGUGCUGCUGUCCCAGGGGAAAAUCGUGAAGAUCUGCGACUUCGGCCUGGCCCGAGACAUCAUGCACGACAACAACUAUGUCUCCAAAGGCAGCACCUUCCUGCCGGUGAAGUGGAUGGCACCAGAGAGCAUCUUUGAUAACCUGUACACUACCCUGAGUGACGUGUGGUCCUACGGGAUCCUGUUGUGGGAGAUCUUCUCCCUUGGUGGGACUCCGUACCCGGGCAUGGUGGUAGACUCCAGCUUCUACAACAAGAUCAAGAGUGGCUACAGGAUGGCCAAGCCAGAGCACGCACCGAGCGACAUGUAUGAGGUGAUGAUGCGGUGUUGGAACAGUGAGCCUGAGAAGCGUCCUUCUUUCAUGGAACUGACUGAGGCUGUGGCCUCCCUCCUUCCCUCCAGCUACAAGAGAUGCUACGACCGGGUGAACCAGGACUUCCUGAAGAGCGACCACCCGGCGGUGACCCGCGUGUGCGUGGACACGGACUUGCCCGUCGACGACAACGCCUACAUCGGCAUCGCCUACAAGAACCACGGCAAGCUGAAGGAGCGCGAGAGCGGCUUCGACGAGCAGCGCCUCAGCUCCGACAGCGGCUACAUCAUCCCCCUGCCCGACCUGGAACCGCUGUCGGACGACGAGUACGGCAAGAGGAACCGCCACAGCUCCCAGACCUCUGAUGAGAGCGCCAUCGAGACGGGCUCCAGCAUCUCAACGUUGGCCAAGCGAGAGGGAGAGACCCUGGAGGACAUCACCAUGCUGGACGACAUGUGUCUGGACUCCAGCGACCUGGUGGAGGACAGCUUCCUGUGACCUUCAUGUCCCCUGCCGGGACUCUCCUCCAGACCCUCCCCUCCCCCCAAAGACCCUCAGAGACCCUCUUAGACUUUGGUACAUGGACCUUCUCAGAUACCCCCCCAGCCCUUCACCUCCGAAACCUGCCUCUUGACCGGGAUUGCCCCACCAGGAGGAGAGAAGCACAUACCACUUCGUCCUGUUCUCUUGGGGAGGGGGGGGGUCUUUUGGUGUUUGACUUCAUGAAACGUCUCCCUGGGCUCUGCUCCCUAGUGGUCUGGAGGGAGGACGUGGUGAAUACAACGACAAUGAAUGGACUCUCCGAGCCAGGGGUUCCAGAGCAGAGUUUGGUAGCGUGAGAACGGACUAACCACGCACCAACCGGGGAGAAAGAAAAUCCAAAAACGGGAGGGAUGAGGUUUCUUAUUCCGUAGGGCAUUUUUUUGUAAUAUACGUGCAACGAUACAAUCGAGGAAGGAGGAUUCAGUUGUUUGGGUGAAAAAUUACCACUGCAUUAGCUUAUCAGAACCACUAGAGAUCCACUGUUUAGACGUGGCCAGUUUCCUUGGUUUACAUAGAGAUCGUGAGUGACAAUCAAUAGUCCCCCCCCCCUCGUCCCUCCCUCAACCACAUCCCCCCUCCCUAAUUAUCACCUGAUGCUGGUACAAUCAGUCUCAUUAGAUUAAAAAAAGCACAAAUUUUAUGUUACAAUUUUUGUACGUGACAGUAUUAUGUUGGCUAAUGAAACGGCUCAUGAAAUGGCUAAAGCAACGGUUAACGAAAAGCAGCGGUACAAAUAUAUUUUUUUACGUCACCAAUGUGUAAACAUGUAAUGUUUGUGAAUAUUAGAGAACUGCCACAGAGUUGUGAGGAGAGGACUAACGGACGUGCCGAAGUCAAAUCUUUAUUUGUACCGUCUCCGCUUUCCCAUGACAGCUUGCUCCAGUUAUGGGUGUGUCUAAGAAAGCCCAGCCCAGCGUGAUUGUAUUGUACAUAGAUUGAGAGUGAUUUUAUAUAACAGAGUUAUUGACAAUAAGAUUACAGUAUUUUAUAUGAAAAAAGAAGCACAUAUUAAUCCACUGCAUCCGAUGGUUGAGCCUUGUUCAGAAAUAGAAAACCAAACUCAAAAUGUGGCAGACAAUGGACUACACUUCUGGUCAAUUGAGGACUUUCAGCUCAUAACGUUUUACACUGCAGUUUUGAAGUACUGCUCCACAACGACACACACCUUGUUCAUUUGUAUUAGUCAUGGAAACUACAACAAGAAAUGAUUCUCUACCAAAGCACAGAGGACUAUGUUUGUUUCAGUUUAAUUACUUUCAGUCGACCACACUUUAAUAUAAGUUUCCUUUUGCCUAAUAUAACGCACCACAAUGACAAAAAUAAAAAUAAAAAUCUAUGCCUUACUCUGCAUGUUACCAAAAAGUAGCUAGAAGAUAUAUAGCCAUACCAGCAUAUUUGUUUACCAAGUAGAACCUUAGUAUACAAAUAAAAAUACACCAGAAAGGAGAAUAGGGAGAAGAAAGUGUUUUAGCUCCUUUGGAGGCGAGGGCUUUGGAUCGGAGCCCAGACACUUGGACAGAAGCCGUAUUCCUCCUGAUCCUCCAGCUAAAUCCAGCGCACCGUACACCCAAACUCUCCACCCCUCUCACUGGCACUAUCCCCUCUCUGCCCUACUGCCGGCUGGAAUACGUGGAGACAAAUUGGCGCCAGUGCGCUUUCCUUCUUUAUCUUCUGCUGCGCUAAUAUUGUUGUACGCAUUGUCCUUGGCUUCAGUACUGCCUUCCCUGUGGUAGCCUACACCUCCGUUGGUACGUUGGGUCAGUAUAGCCCCAGGCCGCUUCUCCCAAUACACACAUUAUUACUCUGUUUUCCUAUACAUUAUGUACAUUCAGAUGAUUUAUAUUUCAAUAAAAG